AUGGGACAGGGCUACCUCUCUGUUUGGGACAGACUUCGCAACUACGACUAUUUGACCACCUCAUCUGAAAAUCAGUACUCAAAAUCCCCUCGUCAGGAGUUACCCGAUCCUUCCAGUUCAAAAAUCACCGAUUAUCUGCCCCAAAAAGCCACCUUCAAAACCUCCACCACUAGUAUCCUGCCCAACAAUAACGACAACGUGUCCACGACAGGCGCCUACACGACAAAUGCUGAUUCCACUCGGCCGCCCCCACCAACGCCGUUCAAACAGAAUUCUUACUCCCCAGAUUCUGCACCCGACCUGCUCAGCUCAGAGGCGUUGAUGCGUCAGACUUUGCAGCAGCAGCAACAGCAGCAGCAAUCGACUCAACAGCCUCCCUCCUCCACCACCUCCUCGUCCUCUUCCUCCGAAUCCUCAUCCUCCUUCUCCUCGGAGUCCAGUCCGGGCGAUCAUCUCUCCUCCUCGGCAUCGCUCGUAGUUGCGUCAUCAGGUGAAGGACCGAGAAAACAGAUAGUCGCCAGUAGCGGUGAAGGCGGCCAAGCCCAGUCAACACCCAUGCAUCAUCAGCAUAAUCAC